AUGAACAUCACCACUUGUAUUGUUGGGGAUUCUAUAUGUGGUUCUUUGGGUGAUUCCAAACUCUUGGGAUCGGAAGAUGUCGUCUUUCUUCGGGGUUACAGUACCUAUGAAGGUGAUCGACCAAAUGAGGUUGUGGCUGCACAGGAAGGAGGCGGUGAAAUCAUUGCUGCCAUAAAUGGUCUGAUAGAAGUAACAGAUCGUGUGGUUUCGGUCAAAGGAAUGCCGACACGCUAUCUCCCUGAAAUAGGAGAUAUUGUAGUUGGUCGAGUAAAUGAAGUCAGCGGUAAUCGGUGGCGCAUUGAUAUUUGUGCCUAUCAGGAAGGAGUGAUGUUGCUUUCGAAUGCAACUGAACCUGGCGGUAUUCUCAGGAGGCGAGGAAGAAACGAUGAACUCACAAUGAGACAUAUAUUUGAUCAAGAUGAACUAGUUGUUGCCGAGGUGCAGCGCAUUUCUCCUGAUGGUGUAGUUUCUCUUCAUACUCGAUCCGGUGACAAAUACGGAAAACCUAAUGGUUUUGGUACUCUUGUACAGGUAUCCCCUGCGUUGGUGAAGCGUGCCAAACAUCAUUUUUUUAACGUUGAUAUUUCGCUGGUGAGUAUUGUUCUUGGCACGAAUGGUAUGAUUUGGGUAAGUCCAGAUAUGGGAAAGGGGAAGGGGGCAAAUAGUGAUCCUCACUUUAAUGAGCAAACAGACGUUGAUGUAAGACGAAGUGUUGCACGUGUGGCAAACUGCAUUAAGGUAAUGAAUUAUGCUCGACUUCCAAUCUUUGCAAAAAGCAUUAAUGCUUCCGUGAAAGCCUCCAUUGAUUCAGGACUUGGACCAUUUGACGUUUUACAAACUUCAAAUUACUACUUAAUAACAGCUGCUGUUAUGGAAGCUAUAACAGCACGUAAACGCCAGAGACAAUAA